AUGAAAUCUUUCAGUAGCUUACAAUCCCUCGGGAUUAAGUUCCCCAUUAUCCAGGCUCCUAUGGCCGGAGUGAGUACUGCUGAGAUGUGUUCCAAAGUUACUCAAUUCGGUGGAUUAGGAUCUUUACCAUUCGGAUCUAACAUUCAAUCGGCUAUUGAUUCCCUUAAUGACUUCAAACUCAAAUACAAUACCAAUAAAGUCAAUGUCAACUUUUUCGCUCAUGGCGUAGACAACGUAGUCAAUGACGAAAUGGUUUCUAAUUGGAAGAAAUUGUAUCAUGGAGAAAAGAUUGUAAAGAACGGGAACGUUUCGUUCAAAGAAUUUGAAACAUUUCCCCAGUUUAAUUCAUUUUUGACCAAUUUGAUUGAUUUUAAACCUUUGGUGGUGAGUUUUCAUUUUGGCUUGCCUAGUAGCAAAACAAUUGAACAGUUAAAGAAGUCAGGAAUCUUGGUCUUUGCAACUGUUACGUCGGUUGAAGAAGCCAAAUAUUGUUUAAGUCAAUCCGCAGAUGGAUUAGUGUUACAAGGAUACGAAGCUGGUGGCCAUCGUGGUGUUUUCUCUGAAUACGAUGAAUUGUUAUCCACUGAUGCUUUGUUCAAGCAAGUGAAGAGUAUGAAUCCUGACUGUUUUGUAAUUCCUGCUGGUGGGAUAGUAGAUACUACCACCAUUCAAUAUUAUCUUGAUCAAGGUGCUAGUGCAGUACAAUUGGGUACAGCUUUUUUAACUACUGACGAGUCUUUGGCCAAUAAGGAGAUGAUCUCCAAUAGCGACCUCCCGACAAUAAUGACUGAUUUAAUCUCAGGUAAACCUGCAAGAUGUAUCAGAACAAAAUUCAUCCAAGAUGUAGAGAAAAAUAGAGUCGGCCCUUUACCUCCAUACGGAUGGAUGUACGAUGGAUAUAAACAAUGGAAAGCCAAACAAGAUGGAAGUAAGGGAUUUUUCUUGGUUGGUGCUAAUUAUAAACAAGCCAAGCAUGGUCUUAGCACGGAAGAGGUGAUGGAAAAUUUGACCAAGGAUUUAAAAUUAUGA